CCUGCCUGGUGGGCUCUCUCUCCCUCUCUUUUCUGCAGGAGAGGGUUAUGGAUGUACUUUUCCGCUACCGCAGCCAGAGGGAACUGUGGUGGUUUGAUGUGCGCGGAGUGACGGUUGAGAUACCGAUCACGGUGGGUGGUCUCCGCGGGACCGUCUUCGAGCAGCUGAGAGCAAGAGGGUUUCCUCUGUGAGCAUACACACAUACAUCCACGUGUUACAGUACAUACUUGUAUGUGUCUGUCUGGGUCGCUCUCUCUCCUCAGCCAUUGUGGCUCCAACGAGCUGACUUUCCCCGAGGAUGCGGACCUCAACGAUGCCGAUGACACGGCCAUCGUCGACUUCAUACUCCAGGAGUAUCUGUCGCCGGAUGACGGUGCGGUUCUCGUCGUGGAGGCACCCGACGGCCCACGCAUCACGCGAUACUUCAAGCUCGUUUGGGACACGACGACAAACAUUGGGUUGGAAGACCACCAGAAGAACAUCAACGCGCCGACAGGGGGUAUAUUCACACUGAAGUUCCGCGACGGCGCCAAUGGAAGCCAGCUAUUGUACGCCAUCAUGGACAUGAGAAAAGAGGAACUCAGGUAAUUAAUUAGUCAUGAGCACAUUUAUAUCACUAGUUGGUCGUGUGGAUGUCCACACUAUGGUGGAUGGAGUGUCGAUGUGUGUGUGAUGUGUGCAGGCACACCAACGAGGCCCUCGUGGGGUACCGUGACUUCAUAGUAGGCUUUGGCUUACCCACCACUGCUGACACGUUCGGAGAGCUUGGGAGAGACCGGGACCAUCCAAUUAUCGUCACCGCCCCGCCUCCCCCGAUGCCGGCUCCCCCGAGCCCUUGUAACGAACACACACGCACACACACACACACACACAUCCUCUCAAUGCCACUGCUUGCGCGUCUCUUUGUGUGUUCUGCCUGUACGUUGUGCCUGCAGCGUUGUGGCAGCGCUGCGAAGACUGCAUGCGGUAAUCGUACAAGGGGACACAUCGAGUCCAUCUCACCUGUCAUUGACGCAUCUUCUCGUGUCUGCAGGUCAACAUUCUCGAGUAUCUUCGGCUUCCAACAAAGGAGUUCUUCGUCGGAGGAGUCGGCUACCUCUGAGCCGCUGAUUAAUCAGCCGGCGAAUGAUGUGAAGGCAUUGCUGAUGAAUCGGUGGUCCAUCGAUAGUCGGUGGAUCCGUAGGUGGUUCACAGGGCAUAGGGGGAUGACGUGAGGGAGGGGGUUCUCACUCACACACAAUGUGGACGAAUCAAGUACAUGGGUCCGCGCCUGCGUGCCUUCUCGAUCACCGGCUCCGCGUGUGUGUUAUUUAUGGGGCCACGACAUUGGAUGAUUGUUUGUCAAUCGGUGUCACCC